CUGCGCCGCGCAAGUCCCCAAAUCCAGCUCCCGUCCCAGCGUCUCCAGGGUUCCCUCUCCCGGCUUCUGUGCUCCGCUCAGUCUCCAGCGAUCCCUCCCUACCUCCGUCCUCCAUGGCGUCGCUUCUGUGCUGUGGCCCUAAGCUGGCCGCCUGUGGCAUCGUCCUCAGCGCCUGGGGAGUGAUCAUGUUGAUAAUGCUCGGCAUAUUUUUCAAUGUCCAUUCUGCUGUGCUAAUUGAGGACGUUCCCUUCACAGAGAAAGAUUUUGAGAACGGCCCUCAGAACAUAUACAACCUGUACGAGCAAGUCAGCUACAACUGUUUCAUCGCCGCCGGCCUCUACCUCCUCCUCGGAGGCUUCUCCUUCUGCCAAGUUCGUCUCAACAAGCGCAAGGAAUACAUGGUGCGCUAGAGCGCGGUCCGCCUCUCCCUCCCCAGCCCCCUCCUCUAUUUAAAGACUCCGCAGAUCGUCCGUCCCACUCAUCUGGCGUCCUUUGGGACUGUUACCCUGGAGAUAACGUCAUCCCUGGCCCUGCAGAACUGCGCCCAGCCUCUGGAGGGGACCCGGGGUGUGACCGCGCCCCGUUCUGAACUACAAUAAAAAGAAGCGGUUCCCCCU